AUGUCUUCGGCUACUUUUGAAGCGAAUCCUAACAGCGAAAACGAACCCUGGAUCGAAAAGCCCGCUUUUGAGGGGCUCAAGUUUCGUAUUUGGCAUAUUAUGUUUUUUUGCGUGUGUGCUUUUGGGGUUUUAGUUGUGCUGAUUUGUUGUUGCGUCAGGAUCAGGAUACCCCGGACGAAGCAAGAGAUCGAAGCUGACUACAAGCGAAAAAAAAUCACGACAAAAUUUCGAAAAAGACUGAAAUUCAUCAGUAACCAAGAAAUGGAGGCUAUAAACCUUCAAAAAGCUCUAGAAAUAAUAAUAGAAGCAGACUACAAACCUGAGGAUGAUGCUGAUGUGUUUGUAAAUCCCAAUGCAACAGAAAAUCAACACUUAGUGCCUUCAAGUACGACAAACUUCGGUGAUAAAGUUUCAAAAGUUAUUUCUAUGGGAAGGAUUUUGAAAAGCCAGAAUAUCAAAUACUAGGAAUAAUCUAUGUUAUUAUUAGGAUUA